AUGCCAAUGGUGAUCGCCACGCUGACACUGUCUGUGAUUGGUGUACUUGGAAAUGCUAUGGUGAUUCUGGCCACCAUAAUGUCACCAUCGCUGAAAAGCCGUUGUAAUAUUCUGAUUUGUAUUCUCGCAAUCUCUGAUUUCUUCGUUUGUGUCUAUCUGGUUGAAUUGCGUAUAUUGAUGCUUCAAAAGUGGUAUUUUCGUCCAAAUAUUGAUUGCUUCAUCUACAGUUUAUGUGGCUUGUUCGCGCUCAAUGUACAAGCCGGAAUGGGUCUUAUGUUAGGAGUGGAUCGACUGUUAGCUGUUUCACUUCCAGUAAAGUACGUUGUUUGGUUGACUGUACUUUAA